UAUCGAAUGCGCAAUCGAAUAGCGUGAUUUACUCGAUACCAUAUGAUAGAGAAAAUGUACGUCAUGUGAUUGUGGAUUCUUUUUUUUCGCACGAAGCAGUCACCUGUCGGCCGAGAAAAAUACAAUUACGCCUGCAAUUUGUGUCAGCCAGACAAAAGAAACGAGUGCAAGAUGGCGCCUAAAAUACGCACAGUCGUAACACAAACAUUUCUGUGGCUCUUCCUCGCUGCAGCCACCAUACUGAUCCUUUACUUUGUUAUGACUGGCAAGGGCGAACGCGUAAGUGUCGGCUGGUUCCUCUCUUCAUCGAGCCCCUACAUGUGGGCCUGCCUCGGCAUCGGACUCUCUGUCUCGCUGUCCGUUGUGGGCGCUGCCCUUGGCAUUCACACUACAGGCACCAGUAUCGUGGGCGGUGGCGUUAAGGCGCCACGCAUUAAGACAAAGAAUUUGAUCUCGGUCAUUUUCUGCGAAGCUGUCGCCAUCUAUGGCCUGAUCACUGCAAUUGUGCUCUCCGGUCAGUUGGAGCAAUUCAAAAUGGCGUCAGCGCUCGCCAAUGUGAAUGUGCUGAAUCAAAAUUGGUUCUCGGGCUACUUGAUUUUCGGAGCUGGCCUUGCCGUUGGCCUGGUUAACUUGUUCUGCGGUAUUGCCGUCGGCAUUGUGGGCUCCGGUGCCGCACUCUCAGAUGCCGCGAACGCUGCGCUCUUCGUCAAGAUUCUGAUUGUGGAGAUCUUUGGUUCGGCUAUUGGUCUCUUUGGUCUGAUUGUGGGCAUCUACAUGACGUCGAAGGCAAAGAUGGGUGAUAAGGAUUAAGAAAUGCAGUUUGCAACGCAAUCCUUUGCAGUAUGUGUGUCACGCGCCUCAUCCAAAUACAGCAAAAACAACAACAAUAAUCAGUCAUCAAGCCAUUCCGACAAAAAAAAUAAACACAACAAGAUCGGUGUUAUCACUUUUGGAAAUUAGAACUCGUUUUAUGCAGUUACAGUUUUCCUUCCGCUCGCCCGCUACGAUCAGGAUUUAACAUGGGACUUUAGUUACUUAUUAAGUUAAAAAGUACAUAAUUUUUACGCCUCGCGCAUUUCGUCAAUUAAUUAUUCAGCAUCAUUUUAAAUUGUUCGCUUAAUGUGCGUCGUGUAAAAAUUGCUUCGAUUUGUUUUCGUUUUCUUUUUAUAUUUAAUUUAAGUGAAAGACAAGUGUGUGUGUUAAUUAUCGAUGUUGUAGUUAUUGUAGUUGUUAAAUAUUAUUUGUUUAUUUUUGGCACUUGUAUUUCUACAACAAAAAAAUGUAUUAUAUUAACUACAAACUACAAAUAAAUCUAAAAACAAAGAAAAA